AUGUUAAUGGAUCUCUUUCGUUCAUCUAAUGAUUUCAUUUAUCUUAUUUCUCUACAUCCAGGUAGCGAGAGUUCUCAGGGGCAUGUCAACAAACAUGUCGCCCUCUUCAUUUUCGGUGAUUCACUUUUUGAUCCAGGAAACAACAACUACAUAAACACUACUACUGAGCUCCAAGCGAAUUUUUGGCCCUAUGGCGAAUCCUACUUCCAUCCUCCAAGUGGGAGAUUCUCCGAUGGCCGUAUCAUUCCUGAUUUCAUCGCUGAGUUUGCUGGACUACCUCUCAUUCCUGCAUAUUUGGACCCCCAUAAUAAUGAAUUUUUGUAUGGAGCAAACUUUGCAUCGGCAGGAGCUGGCGUAUUAGAUGAAACACUACCUUCAAGUAUAACGCUCAAGACACAGCUAAAAUAUUUCACCGAUUUAGUGAAACAGUAUAAGAAGAAUUUAGGUGAUGUGAAAGCCGAGCAGCUAUUAUCCGAUGCCGUUUACUUGUUCAGUUGUGGAAGCAACGACUAUCAAAGUAAUUUAUAUCAGGUGGAGUAUGUGGGAAUGGUGAUCGGAAACCUGACUCAAGUGUUUAAGGCAAUCCAUGAAAAAGGAGGAAGGAAAAUUGGAAUCAAUAUGCUCACACCAUUAGGCUGUUUGCUACCCAUUCGUGCAGAAAGGCCAGACAAUACAUGCGAUGAAAAACUUAACAUCAUAUCAAGUCUACAUGAUAAGGCACUUUCCAAGAAACUGCAAGAUCUGACUCAACAAUGGGAAGGAUUCAUGUAUUCAACAUUCGAGCUCCAAACUGAGAUUACCAAACGAAUGAAAAACCCAUCAAAAUAUGGUCUCAAGGUAGGAGACAGUGCAUGUUGUGGCAUAGGACCUUUUCGAGCAAUUAAUAGUUGUGGAGGGAAGAGGGAACCACGAGAGUUUGAAUUGUGUGAUAAUCCUAACGAUUAUUUAUUGUUCGAUCCCUUUCAUCCUACUGAAGCAGCGAACCUGCAAUUAGCAAAGCUGUUUUGGGAGGGAGAUUCCAAAGUCGCAUCACCCUACAACUUAAAAAGCUUGUUUCAAGGCAUGCAUACUGAUAUUGGCCAACAUACCAACUUAGCUGCCCCAUCGCAUAAUGAGCCCAAGCUGAUUAAGGAGAGUCGCCCCAAUAGAGAAGUAAGGAGGCCUGCUAGAUUCAUGGACUAGUUCAGCCCAAGCUUGAAGACAAGUUUCUGUGCUCACGUGUUUUUUCUAGUCUCUAGCAGUUUAUCUUCCAGUUCACCAAUAACAUCUACAAGCAUAUGAUAGAAUAUGUCCACAUGAUAUAAACUCAUAUAUAGUAUAAUAUGAAAAUGUGAUGUAUUUAAAUUAUUUGUUCGGAAUAAGGCAAAAAAUUACCAAU